AUGGAGUUCGCAAUGGUGGGUGCGGACGGCGGGUGCAACAGCCACCCGCCUUACGGGUAUGCCCAAGCACGCGCCCGGGAGAGGGAGCGGGAGAGGGAGCGCCAGACGGCCCAGUCCAGAGCGGCAGCAGCUGCGGCAGCCGACAGCGGAUCCGGAGCGGAUGGGGGGUCUUCUUGCUCCACCACCGUCACCACCACCACCACAACCCCCUCCGCCUCAUCGGGCGCGCAUCUCCUUAACAACCGCCAGCAUCCGUCUCGCAACGCCAACACCAACGGCAGCGGUACCGCCUUGCGCCCCUCCUCUUCCCCUUCCUCCUCCUCCUCCUCGUCGUCUCAGGAUCCUGAGAAGCAGAGACUCCUCAGUGAGCGCAAAAAGCAGUGCGGCGUCGGAGGGUGGAGACGCACCCGAACCUCUCUCGGCGGGGACUUGCGCCACUCCGAACUGGCGCUACUCGGCUCCGUGGAGAACAUCAUGAUUGAGGAGGAAGAGGGCGCCAAUGAAGAGGAGGAGGACGAGGAUGAGGAGGAGGAGGAGCAGGGUCUCCAAAGGUCCAGUUUUCUGUGCAACAUGGAUGAUGAUGAUGAGGAUGAUAAUGAUGACGAAACCGUUUCGAUCACUGACAGACAUCCUCAAUCCGGAUAUGCAAAUGUUUACAGCGAGUUGGGCUGCGAAAGAGUUGUCAUCAACGUGUCGGGGCUCAAGUUUGAAACUCGGCUCAAGACUCUCACUCAGUUCCCCGACACCCUCCUGGGGGACCCCGACAAGCGCAUCCGGUACUUUGACCCGCUGAGGAACGAAUACUUCUUCGAUCGGAACCGACCGAGUUUUGACGCCAUUCUGUACUAUUACCAGUCUGGGGGGCGCUUGAAAAGACCUGCCAACGUUCCCUUUGACAUCUUCUCAGAGGAGGUCAGGUUUUAUGAACUUGGAGAGGAAGCAAUACAGAAGUUCCGAGAGGAUGAGGGUUUCGUCAAAGAGGAGGAGAAGCCUCUCCCGGAGGACGAGUUCAAGCGCCAACUUUGGUUGUUAUUUGAAUAUCCGGAGAGCUCCAGUCCGGCCAGGGGCAUCGCAGUGGUGUCCGUGCUGGUUAUUGUCAUCUCCAUUGUCAUUUUCUGCCUGGAGACGCUGCCCGAGUUCAGGGAUGACAAAGAGUACUUGCAGCCCAUGCACAACUCCACGCGCCCGGAUCACGGUUUUACGCCCUUCAACGACCCCUUUUUCAUCGUGGAGACAGUGUGCAUUAUUUGGUUCUCCUUUGAGAUUAUAGUCCGUUUCUUUGCGUGUCCCAGCAAAACGGCGUUCUUUAAAAACAUCAUGAACUCCAUUGACAUUGUUUCCAUUUUGCCUUACUUCAUAACCCUGGGCACGGACCUGGCCCAGCAUCAAGGAAACGGGCAGCAGACUAUGAGCUUCGCUAUUUUGAGAAUAAUCCGCCUGGUCAGGGUCUUCCGCAUAUUUAAAUUGUCCAGACACUCCAAAGGUCUCCAGAUUCUCGGCCACACUCUGCGCGCCAGCAUGAGAGAGCUUGCCCUGCUCAUCUUUUUCCUGGUCAUCGGCGUCAUCCUCUUCUCGAGUGCCGUUUAUUUCGCCGAAGCGGACGAGCCCACCUCGCACUUCAAAAGCAUCCCGGACGCCUUUUGGUGGGCUGUGGUGACUAUGACCACGGUGGGCUACGGGGACAUGAAGCCCAUCACCGUGGGUGGCAAGAUAGUGGGCUCCCUGUGCGCAAUAGCGGGCGUGUUAACCAUCGCGCUACCGGUGCCGGUCAUAGUGUCCAACUUCAACUAUUUUUACCAUCGGGAGACCGACAAUAACGAGGACCAGGCGCCACCGGCGGUUGAGAGCAUGCCGUCGGGAUUCCCCUACUUCUCGAACUUUUUAUGCAAAUAUAAAGGCUCGGCAUCCGGCUCCUCGGUGGGACACAAAGCGGAGUACAUGGAGAUGGAAGAAGGGGUGACGGAGUCUCUGUGCGGCCUGGACAAAAGCCCCAGUAAAGGGAACGGCACAGACAUAAGCAGAAGGAACAGUACGAACUCCAAAUCCAUUCAGACUGACGUGUGAUUACAAAUAUUUUUAUUUUGUUUUUCUUUUCCCGGAGAAAAUAUCAAUUCACCCGAAGUAUAUCAAGUUAGUCACCCAAACAAGUUUUACGCACGGGCCGAAGAGCUCCCCUCCGCCCUCCUAGACAAGCGCUUAGAAGGUCGCCAUGGUUACCAGGUCGCGCGAUAGUUCCAUGCACAUCUUCCCCACAACAUUAGGACCAACUGAUGCCAAAUUAAUUCAUCGAAUCUUAGCUGGCUAUACCAAAUUAGACACAUCGUGAUAUUAUAGAAAAAUAGGCUCUGCACUCGCACUUUAUGAGUUUCAUCUGUCAAUAGCUGGAAGAGUAGUGAUGGUCAAUUUAUAGUCGCCAUUUGUUUGCACUCAAGAGGAAUUUGCGCUCGAUUUACAAUUUUGGGAACAAAAAGUGUAGGCUGGCAGACAUUAUUUGAUCAUUUAAAAAUAUGAAAAUACACAGUCAAAAAUAUUCUCGGUGAAAAUGACCCCUCAAACACGAUUAAAACAGCCUAAAAGUUCAGCUAAAUGUCCUCGCUCUCUGAUACUUGUAUGAAGUGAAGCUCGAUGAAAGGUCAGUGCAUUUAGCAGUCAUGACGUAAACCAGGGCUAGAAAUUAUCGUGGUGUACUGUACAUGUGCACCCGUCAUAGGAGCAAAGCACAGGAAUCAACGCAUUUAAACACAGCAGGAGGAAGGACUUAUCCCUCCACGUUUUUAAUGAACAGGCCUCAACACAUGACGUCAGUGCCCCGAAACACAUUUACCGUAAGUCACCUCCAAAUGAUAAUAUCCCUUUACACGGACGCAAAUGGAAAAUUGAAGCAAAAAAGACUCUGUUGAGGAAACCCCUUGUGAGGAGGUUGUGAGCAACUUCCCCAUGUUAGCUGGACUUGGUGCACAAUUUUUUCUUUUUUUUUUUUAAACUCAAGAGGACUAUUACUAUCGCAUCUGGAUGAGGACGUCUUCCAAGCUCUGCUAGCGACAGGGCGUAAACCCAGCAUCUCACCAUCGCAGCAUUGUGACCACCAUGGUGGCUACGAGUGGACACUGAAGAAAAACAACAGCUGGAGGGGGCUCAACAACAUGUGGGGGCAUGUGGGGGUGGAACUACUACUUUCUGAAAUAGGUAAACAAACCGUGCAGGGUUGAAUAAAUGAAUAAACUGUGGCCCAGAAUUUGAUUGCCUUAAUUACCACACAUAAACAGAUGAAGGGAUGAUAUGAGUCUUAUGUUUUCUUUACACGUGGAAAAAAUGUCUCGUAAGAAACAGUUGUGAACAUUUUAAUAUGCCAGAGAGAGAACAACUUUCGGUUUCAAAGUCGAAAGGAGGUUUUACAUACGUAGGUGUUAUGAAAUUGUAACUCGUCCCGUCAGCUGUACUAUUUUGAGCUUUCGUAUUGUCAUCCAAACAAGGCUGACCAGAGUUGCUCAAAAGCCUGGAACCGAGUUUUUCCUUGUCCGAGCUGUGUCCUAACAUUACGAUUCUCAUUGACACAUUAUUUUUAGGACUGAAAGAUCAAUUGGUAUCACGUCGCCCAGCACAUUAACAUCCACUCUCACCAAAACAAAGAUGUCAGGCACAUAAACCCCACCAUAAAUAUCUUGCCACACACACCUUCCAUCCCAGAUGAUGGAUGGAACUCUCCAGUACUAUCGCCAAGAUUCCCACUCGUAAAGACAAUACACCUUAGGUUGUUCUCAGAUGCAAACCACAAAUGGACCAGCUGCUUUGUUGACUUGUUUCCACUUUUAAGUGUAUGCAAAGUAACAUGAACGUGUGUUCUCUAUUUUUUUAAACUUAGCCUUGAUAAAUACAUAACCAAAGGUGAAACCCUGAACUUAUUCUAUGUUGUGCUCAGAUGUUGUGUUAUAGAUGCACACCGAAUAGGAGACAAUGUAUAUAGCAGACAUUUAUACUUGUGUGUCCUGAGAUGUAUUACAGAGUCAUUUGAGACUUUCAAACUUUAUUUGACUGUUAUAGUACGAGCGUCGAUCAUAAUAAUCAUCUGUGUUUGUUUUGCCCUCAACGGCGCGAUCAUGUUGCUCAUAUUGUUGUGAAUGCUGCUCUCACACGUCUACUUUCUUUUUUCAAUUUUGAUUUAUUUAAUUAUUUAUUUAUUUAUUUAUUUAUUUAUUUAAAACAUAGCCUAACAAAAAAUCAUUAUUUGAAAACACAAGAUGACUAAUGUUGUUUGGGCACUGAUGAGCUGAAUCGCCUCUCUCUUACCUCUCUAAUGUUGUUCACUCACAUAGCUGUUUUGCAUUAUUAACUGUAUCUUCAGUUGUAUUUGGGUUUUAUUCAACAUACGGUUUUAAUUAUACUAUCACUUAAGAAUUCCAGAUUUAGAGCCCAAUAUCUUUUUAUAAGUAUUUCCCCUCUUUUACAGAAAAUCCAAAGUACACACUACUGCUCUUUAUUUGAACAAUUUAUAUCUGUAAUUACCUCACCAAUUGUAUCUGUGGGGGAAUAAGCUAUUCGCUGAAUGUUCCUGGUGUUUCCAGAGUGUCAUAAAAACUUGUAACAAUACAGGAUAGCCACAGUAGUUUUACAAUUGAUGUCAGUGGUUGUCGUUGUAAAUUACCCUACAAGGAAGAUGUUUUAUAUGGAACUAGAUUUGCUGUUUAUCUUGUCACUUAACAGCAGAGUUACUGGAAUAAAAAAUAAAUAGAAUAGGAAAAAUAUUUCAGGGGUGAAGUGAACCAAUUGUGUCAUGUUCUAAAUUAGAAGGACCUAAAUCCUGUUAAUCAAGCUCCUUAAUGUCUACAACAAUGAGAUUAGACUCAGUCAUUUCUUUCUCAACUCUUGAAUAAUGUGCACUGUAAGACAUUUAUCAUACGAGAAUAUGAAUCAACUAAGCAGACGAUUUGUGUGACAUCUUUGGGACCUAUACACAAAUUAUUUACUCUCAAAAUGCUAACUGCUAAACAACAAGCAUUGUAUGUAUACUGUGUAGAUUGUUAGGACACUUGUAUGCAUAUGCUGCAUUCCCGAGAACUCAAAAGUUGGACAUUUCUAACCUCUGACUAUGCAAAGUGAGUCAGAACAUUGCUUCAAGUUGUUCCUAUGUAGGAAGAGAAGCAGUAAUGCCGGCUGACAGAAAAGAAUUCACAAUGACCUAUUUUUUUUCCCUUAUUUUAUAAAUUCACUAAAACUGAGGCUGGAACUUGUCAUUUCCUAGAGGGAAAUUUCCAACAUACUAGCAGUCCUGAAUGCAGCGUUUGCACAUUAUUUAUUUGCCCAAUGUUUGCACCAAAUAGUGAAGUCUUCCUGGUUGGACAGUGUUUUUCCGAUAAGAAAUAUUUGUUUCCUACUAAGUGAACCAUACUGACCCACUUCCUCAAGUGGCUACAACACUAAUCAUGAUUGAAUAGCUCACGCUACUAAUUAGAAAAGGUUUCGAACCUGCCGUUAUAACACAUUAUGCAAGUGGUCAUUCAUACUUUUUAAAAAAAGAGUGAAAGAAUAAUGACAGAAAAAUGUUCACAGUUUGUGCUAAGUAUGGAGGUUUGAAAGAUUAUGCUUUACUGAACAUUGCAAAUUGAGUCGAGCAACACUUCUUCCACACACUGCUGAUGUGAAUGAUAACACUGCAAUAUCACAAUGACCACCCGUUGAUAUGCUAAACAAAACAAGGUCAAGUUAUAUUUUCCACAUGAGGCUCAAUAACUAAUUGGAUUUUGUCAUGUAUCAAUAUAUAAAGUUUCAAUACAUUACAGAAACAUUGUAACAAUUAAUAUCCAUCUUCUAACCUGUUAAAUCAUUCUCUUGAGCAGUAGAAUAUUCAACCAAAUAGCAAAAGUCAUAUUUUUCAGGGAUAUUAUAGUAAAGUAUAUAAUAUAGCAUUCGUGGAGUGUGUUGUGCAAGUUCAAAUGUCCUGCAAAUUUUGCCUAGAAACAAGUGGCUGUGUCACUGAGAUAAUAUACUUAUUAAGCCUCCCCCCCCCCCCCAAAAGAACCUAUAUAAUUAAUGUUUUAUUGAUCAAAAAUCAAAAAGACAGCGGUGUGGCCGGGGGGGUAGUUAGAAAAUCUGACUCUGUUCUUAGGGUUGGGGAUUUGCAGUGUCAGCGUUUCAGAAAAUGAAUCAGACAAACUAUUGUUUCUGUGGUUUUGUAUACUGUAAUAGUAAAUACGUAUUGUACUUUUACUAGUAUGUCGCCAACACAGUAAAUAAAAAGAAAAAAACCUACCUGCACUGAAUCACCAUUCAACGUUGUUUUCAGAGGCUUGUCCUCUCAUUUUGCAUUUAUCGCAUCUCGUGAAUGCAAACUCCUCAUUAUAAUGCUAAUUUGUAAUUGAAAUAAUGGAGAAUUUUUAGCAAGCCCUACAGAUGAAUGACUGACUACCUCACACGGGACCACGCUAGCCGCCGGCUUCCACGUUAACACUAACGCCGGUGGGGGCAUCAGACAACAAUCGCGACAAGGUGAGAGGAGAAAAGUGAAAUUCUAAUGAGGCCAGCCUCCAGCGAGAAAACACACGGAGGCUAUGUGUACAGAGGACAGAGGUGUCAUAGCCACAGGAGGGCAAUGAGGCCACGCUCAUCACACAGUUUACAGUUAUUCGGAGACAUGACUUCUCCAAUUACCAUACAGUGGACCUGCUGGCAAGACCUGUAAGGUGCAAUCAUGCAAUACUGCUGGCGUGUUCAUGCUAUAUAUGAAUCGAUCUGAUGACACAUUUACGAGAUCAUUUUAUGUUUUACCAACAUUCACAGUUGUUAUGCAGUGACCCUUUUUUUGUGUACUUCCCUGAAUGAGUGCAUCGCUCUAAAAUUGAAUGUUGUGGAGAAACCCAAUUUCAGUUGUUUGAUUCAAAAAGUCAACAUAUAGCUAACGGGAACCCAAAAAUAAUCAUUCUAAAAAAUAAUUACCUGAGUUUUUUUUUGUUUUUCUUAAUCAGACAUUUGGUCAUAAUUAACUUUCAGAAAAGUGUUGAUUGGUAUAAUAUAUGAUUUUUACUUUUGAAAUUGACCAACUGAAAUAAAUGUACUUUUCUUAAUAUUCAAAUUUACUGAGGGCCACCUAGUCAGUCUUGAAGUACUCUUACUUCACUAACAUACAGGAACGCCAACAGACAGGCGAUAAAAUUCAAUGAUGCAAAACGUAUUUGUGAAAUCCAAAUUCCCAAUCUCCUAGUCUCAAAUGCAGCAUUGCCAGACACCUCUUAGCAUAAUCAAUUAACAAACAUAAAAAUGUGGAUUCGACCAAACAGAGGAUCAAAUCAAUCUAAUCACUCGAUACAUUGAUCCCAAGACCAUCAAUACUAAGUGGACGGAAGAUAGGGCAAAAAUCUGAUGAUUUUAGCUGGCUGCUGAUGGAUUGACUGAUUUAAUCUGAAAAUCAUACACAGCAAAAUGCACAUUGGUUGUAAGGUCUUAGCAUAUAAAGUUAAUUGCAAAGAGGAGUAUUGCGGAUACUGUGAUGUACCACCACACUUUUUAUUGUUAACAUAGUGUGGCGGUUGGGGUAAAAAAACACACAUGCAGUGGCACGGCAGAUUGUCAGAGUGAUUAUGUUCAUUCAUGCAACGUCCUGUGUUAGAUGGCAGAGAGGAGCAAAUGAAUGCAAGGCUGUCAGAGUGCCCCUGAGCAAAGCAACGCGAUGCUGUGUGCGAGCACGCUUGGCACCAGCCAUCACUCAGCAAGCAGUGACACAUUCGAGUCGAUUGGUAAGGUGAAAUUAAAGACACGGGACGGGGAUAGAAUUGUUUUUGUUAGCCGUGGCGUAUCUUGUCAUGAAUCAGCAGAUGAAAGAUGUGUGCAAAAUACAAACAUGAAGAUUUAGUUGAGUUCAGAAAUAUUUGACAGGUUGCACAGACUACUAUUCUUGCAUGCAAGUUGGUACACUGUAGACAGCUAUGGUCGAUUUUGAGAUUAUGACUUGGGUUUAUUUCCAUCAGUCAUUGUCAAAUCAUCUGCAAACGCAUUCAGCAAAGAUGCUCUUUGCAUGCAUGCUGCAAAGUUUCCGUACUUUGCAGUCGCAGUCAGUGUUUUGUCAGUGUUUUCUAUAGCUGUAGCUGCUAUAGUGUAAGCGUUUCAAAACGCCCAUUCCAUUGUCAUUCUCCACGAAGGAAUGACUGACUAUUAAUAAACAUGUAAAAUAUUUCUACAGUUGAGGUGUAAGAAAUAUCCAUGUGAGUUUUGACCAGCCUUGCUUUUAACCUGCAUGAAGCUUUUUUUAAAGAACAAUGCAUCCUUAAACAAAGUAUGUUUGAGUUAUUCUUCUUCUCUAUCGCACACCCGUUUGCGUUGUAUCUUUGGAGUUUGUGUCUUUAAUGAUCCUUUUUUUGUUGUUAUUAAAAACCUCUAACUUCUGCAUUUUCUACAUUCACAACAUUUUAUAGGCAGCAAUAUGAGAUGUGAUUGAAAAUGGACCAUGUGCAAUGUUGAAUAAAGAAAAUAAUAUAUUCAAUAAAAAUUCUUAAAACAA